AUGAGGCAAGAGGCACCUGCUUUACUUCCGCAGCAGGCCUGCACCAAAGAAUGCCAGAGAACCAAGAUCCACGCUGAGCAUGCUGAGCUUGGGUGCCGCAGGUUGUGCAGGAUGGGAUUGAUGUUGGACACGAGGACCUUGUCGGAGCAGCUGAUGCAAGAGGAAGAGGCACGGGCUAUCGAACGGAGGCUUGCAUUGGGCAUGGCUACGGUGGCAGUCGAAGGCCGGUGGGGUGCAAGAAAGAUGAGGGAGGAGACCGCAGAAGAGAACACCGCGCCCCAUGGUGCGGAAACGCAACUGCAAGAGGACGGUGGCGUGUUGGAUGAAGAUGCACCAAGUGUGCCGACAUCCAUGCCAUGCGACGAGGAGCUGCAGCUGGCGCGCGAGCUGCCACCAAGAAGAAACGAUGUUGGUGGCCAAAGAACUCUUCUUCGGGAGCUGCUCCGGUCAGUCAGUGUCCACUUGGCUGGUAAGAUGUUUAAGUUGGAAGGAGAGAUGAUGGCCGCAGUCGAAGCACAAGCUAUCGCGGCAUGGACUUCUUCAUCCACGAGCUUUGUGAAUGUUCCGGCCGCUUCAGUCACAGCAUGGCUGCUGGAGCAGGGUGGACCAGCCGACCUGCUGCUGCCGGAGUCGCCAGGAGCAAUGCAGGGUAUUGGUUCAACAGGCAUCAGAAAGUGCCCAAGCUUUGGAAAGCCAACUCGGCUGCCCAAGCUUUUGAAGCUCCUCUCGCAGUAUGCCGUGGUCUGUGCACAAAGCUCCGGGGGCACCGAAACCAAAUGUCCAACCGCAAGGGGUCGGCAACAGGAGAGGAUGCGCUCUCAGCUCGACUUCGAGGACUGCGUCUCCUGGGUGAGUUGGGACCUUCACAUUCCAUUCCCGACCUCCGUGCCAUGUUGGCCUCCAUUGCCGGAUGCCUCCGCGAUCCAGAGGCUCGUGGAAGAGAAGCGGCAGCUGAAGCCCUCGGCAAGUUUGGGCCCGCAGCAGCAGAGUCGCCUCGACUCCGAUGCGUCAGUGAGAGAAGCAGCAGCCCGAGCCCUCGGCUGCCUUGGCCGAGAGGGUCUGGCAGCCAUUAUGGGUGCUGGUGGUUUGGAGCACGGGGACCUGGAGGUGCGGGGCUGUGCCGCACUUGCCGCUGGUUGGAGCGGUGUGGCCGGAAUUGACUACGUAGACAGGCUUGUGAGCUUGCUCACGGAUGAUGCCAAUCACCCUGACAAGCAGUCCGAUGAAGAGCUCUUGCUCCGAAUCAGGGCGGCCCAAGCGCUGGGUGCGCGAGCUGAACUCGCUGGCGACCCGUGCCUGUUGGCCUUGGCGGGCAGUCUACAAAAUGAUCCAGCUGAAGUGGUCCGAGAGGCCUGUGCAUCAUCCAUUGGACAGAUUGGCUGUGCUGACAAAGGACUCACAAAGCUGGCCAGAGACUGUUUGUUACCUGGCAUGGACGACCAAGCUGCGUUUGUAAGGGAUGCAGUGAGUUCGGCGAUGGAUGCGUUGCCGCAGCUUGGGAAGGAAGACUUCGAUAUGCCACAAAGUGCUUGGCAGUGA